GGGAGUUCGCCGGCGCCAUGGUGGAGGAAGUGCAAAAGCAUUCUGUGCACACACUUGUGUUCAGAUCUUUGAAGAGAACCCAUGAUAUGUUUGUAGCUGAUAAUGCCAAGCCUAUUCCAUUAGAUGAAGAAAGUCACAAAGUAAAGAUGGCAGUCAAGCUGCGUACAGAGUACGGCUCAGUGUUACAUAUGCCUACUCUCAAAGAAAACUUGAGAGAGAAAGGAGGCCCAAACACCGGGGAUCCUUAUGGACACAAACAGUAUUCUGGAAAUCAAGGACAAGAACUUGAGUAUUUGAUAACCGGUACACAUCCAUACCCACCUGGGCCUGGUGUGGCUCUGACAGCAGAUACUAAGGUCCAGAGGAUGCCUAGUGAAUCUGCAGCACAGUCCUUAGCCGUAGCACUUCCUGCUUCUCAGUCCAGGAUGGAUGCAAACCGGACAGCUGCUGGUGUGGGUGAUAUUUACAGGCAUGCUGGAAUAUCCGAGCGUUCGCAGCCUCCUGGAAUGUCCGUGGCUAUGGUGGAAGCCGGUGGAAACAAAAAUACUGCGUUAAUGGCAAAGAAGGCUCCAACCAUGCCCAAACCUCAGUGGCAUCCACCUUGGAAACUGUACAGGGUUAUCAGUGGUCACCUGGGCUGGGUGAGAUGCAUUGCAGUAGAACCAGGAAAUCAGUGGUUUGUUACUGGCUCUGCCGACAGAACUAUAAAGAUUUGGGACCUUGCUAGUGGCAAAUUGAAAUUGUCUUUGACGGGACACAUCAGUACUGUACGAGGGGUGAUAGUAAGUGCAAGAAGUCCAUACCUCUUUUCUUGUGGAGAAGACAAACAAGUGAAGUGCUGGGAUCUUGAAUACAAUAAGGUUAUCAGACACUACCAUGGUCAUCUAAGCGCUGUCUAUGGUUUAGACUUGCAUCCAACAAUAGAUGUACUGGUGACAUGUAGCAGAGAUUCAACAGCACGUAUUUGGGAUGUGAGGACGAAAGCCAGCGUGCACACGCUGUCAGGACACACGAAUGCAGUAGCGACAGUGAAAUGCCAAGCUGCAGAACCACAAAUUAUUACAGGCAGUCAUGAUACUACCAUACGGCUGUGGGAUUUAGUGGCAGGAAAAACUCGUGUUACUUUAACAAAUCACAAGAAAUCUGUAAGAGCAGUAGUGCUACAUCCGAGACAUUACACAUUUGCAUCUGGUUCUCCAGAUAAUAUUAAACAGUGGAAAUUCCCAGAUGGAAAUUUCAUUCAGAACCUCUCUGGUCACAAUGCUAUUAUCAACACGCUGGCUGUAAAUUCCGAUGGUGUUCUGGUCUCAGGAGCUGAUAAUGGUACUAUGCAUCUUUGGGACUGGAGAACUGGAUACAAUUUCCAGAGAGUACAUGCCGCUGUACAGCCAGGCUCUUUGGACAGUGAAUCAGGAAUAUUUGCUUGUGUUUUUGACCAGUCAGAAAGCAGAUUGCUAACUGCUGAAGCUGAUAAAACCAUAAAAGUGUACAAAGAAGAUGAUACUGCGACUGAAGAAACUCAUCCUGUCAGCUGGAAACCAGAAAUUAUCAAGAGAAAACGAUUUUAGUGCCGCAACAUACUUAUGCUGUGAUUUUGUUUUGGCUUUCCUGAGAGCAUUUAGUCACAUUUUGUUCUGCCUAGAACAGCAGAGCAGGAAGUCAGCUAAGUCAUUGCUAUUUCAACAUGUUUUAUAAUAAAUUUUAUUUCUCUUUUCUUUGUCUUUUUUUGGUGUGAUCCCAGCAAACCAGUUGCAGCUGUUAAAUUUCUCUUUGUGGAGCAUGUAUAGUUCAUGAAAAGGAUAGAUGUGCAGGUGGUUCCUUUUUUAUAUGAAUCUAUUGAGUGUAAGUUUAAAAAUAUUUUGAGCCAGGUUUUCUGGAAGACCCUUGUUUGACUCCAGAAGUUAAUUGCAAAUUUAUGCAUAGAAGCCAUCUACUGGAAAUUUCUUGAGUGACACUUUUAGACUUUAGACCAGUAUUGUUUACUGGACAUAUGUCAAGUGUAUAUGCUGUAAUGGAACAGUAUAUAUACUAAAUUAGAGUAAUAAAGUAAUCAAGAAAGAAGCAGGA